AGCAGGAGAAGCGCUGAGGCCAUGGAGCAGUACUUCUCAGCCACCCAGAAGAUGGAGCAGGAGGUGAUGUUCCCCAGCCUGCUGCGAGGGGUCUUCCCGCAGCAGGAGCGGGACGGGGAGGCCCCUGAGGGCGGCCCCACGGACCUGUACGAGCGCUACCAGCUCCUCAAGGCCAUCAAGCCCGUGGUGGAGCGAGGCCUGGCCUCCGUCACCGACCCCGGCAGCAGCGGGGACGCCGAGGGUGACACCGAGGUGGCCCCGGAUGACGGAGCCGAGGGCAACCUGGAGGAGCGCCUGUCCCACCACGUGAACGGCCUGCAGCAGGUCCUCACCGACCUGACCAAAAACACCAAAGCCCUGACGCGCAGGUACAGCCAGAUCCUGGAGCAGAUCAACCUCAGCGACGAUCAGUCCAGCUCGUGAGCCUGCACCCCCGCCAGCCUCCGAGGGUGCUCUGAUGUCCACAGCCCAGCGGCAGCUUUUCUCCUGCGCCAAGUCCCACCGAGGAACGUCCUCCGUGACCAGCGCCGAGCUCGGCCGCCGGCUCGCCGGGCGCUGCCUGGACCAGCCAAGCUGCCCCGCGGCCGAUCCCGCCGGCUUCGUCUCACCUCCGUGCCCUGGAGGUGAAAUUUCCCUGCAGCAGGGCAGAAGCAAGCGUUCAGUGUUAUCGCUCUGUAUAAGGCAUCUGUAACUUUGAAGCAAGGCUUUUAUUUUAUUUUAUGUUAUGUUAUUUUAUUUUUGCGUGUGUCUAAAUUACCUCCCCACUGGUCUCUGAUGAUGUAACCCAAGGGUGGUCUGAAAUAAAAUGCAAAGCCUC